GUUUCAGAGAAGAACCUGCCGUUUUAGCUGUUUGCCGAUGUUGUCGAUAAGCAUUAAGCCUCGUCUCGGAGGUGAGCUUACGAUCAGUCCAAUGACAGCCAACGUAGCCUUCGGGUGCUUGUUACCAAAUGCUGGUAUGACGGGUUGACCUGCAACUUCCACGCUCUUGCAUCAUAUUCAAAACAUUGGGGGUUAGUCGGCACGUAUAAUAUGCCGACACCCUGGAUACUAUGUUCCUACGUGCCGGAAUUUUCUGAACGACACUUUUGCCAACAUGUCGACCGACGAGAAGCGUGUGGACGACCAAAAGGCUGGUGUGCCUGGUGCCUCGACUCCAUCUGACUCGGAUUUUGAAGUUCUGCCUGGUACCAUCAACGAGAAGAAGUUGUUGCGCAUGCUCGAUUUAAGACUACUUCCUGCAGUAUCAGUGUUAUACCUCCUCAGUUUUCUGGACCGGAGUAACGUUGCCAAUGCGCGUAUCGAAGGACUUACGGCCGAUCUGGGCAUGACCGGCAACGAGUAUCUCACGGGACUAACACUAUACUUCAUCGGUUAUGUUCUAUUUGAGCUACCGUGUAACAUUGUACUAAAACGGACGACACCUAAAUUUUGGCUUCCGACAUUGACUGUGGCCUGGGGGAUUGUCGCGACCCUCAUGGGUGUGACGCAAAACAAGGCUGGCUUCUUCGCCGUGCGCUUCUUCCUUGGCGUCGCUGAGUCCGGACUCUUCCCUGGUGUCGUAUACUACCUUAGCAUGUGGUAUAAGCGGGAGGAACGGCAAUACCGCAUCUCGCUUUUCUUCAGCUGCGCCUCCUUGGCUGGUGCGUUCGGUGGAAUCUUAGCAUGGGGCAUCAGCCACAUGCGUGGAGUUGGCAACUAUGCUGGAUGGAGAUGGAUUUUCAUCUUGGAAGGGUUGCUCACCAUCGUCAUUGCAGUUGGCGCAUACUGGUUCAUCUCCAACUAUCCGGAUACUGUCUCCUGGCUGUCGAAAGAAGAGCGCACGUUCAUACAGGCCAGACUCAAGGCUGACAGCGAUUCAACGAACAACGAGAAGUUCCUGUGGAGUGAUGUCGUAGAUGCUCUGAAGGAUCCCAAGGUCUGGCUUUAUGGUGCUGGCUUCCACACCAUGAGCCUACCUCUGUAUACCUUGUCUCUGUUUUUGCCGACUAUCAUCCGUGACAUGGGUUAUACAUCCGCUCAGUCGCAGUUGUUGACCAUACCGCCAUACGCCGUAGCUACGAUAUUUACCGUAUUUUGGGCCGUGUGGUCAGAAAAGACAAAGCAGCGUGGCCUCUUCAUCACAGCAACAUCUGCGUUUGCAGUGAUUGGAUAUGUAAUUCUCCUUGCAAACAAGAAUCCCACCGCCAGGCCUGGUCUAUCAUACGCCGGGACAUUCCUCGCAGCAGUAGGAAUAUACCCCUCGGUUGCUCUGGUACUGAGUUGGCCUGCCAUCAACGUAUCCGGACAGACCAAACGUGCGACCGCCAACGCCAUGCAGAUUUCGAUCGGAAACCUUGGAGCUGUAUUGGGUACGCAGCUGUACAGACCUAAAACGGCUCCUCGAUACGUCCUGGGUCACAGCUUUGCGCUUGGCUAUCUGGUCAUGAAUAUCAUUGUCGUCAACGUGCUAUGGUGGAGGUUGAAGCAGGAAAACAAGAAAAAACAGCAGUUCAUCGCUGAACACCCUGAGACGAACGACUUCCACGAUACUGAAGAAGACCUGAAGCUCGGUGAUCGUCAUCCACGAUGGAUCUUCCAAGCUUGAGCUGGAAAGCGAGAUCCAACGUUGAGCAAAAGCAAGCUGUGUCAAGCAAUUGAGACCAUCAAGCUUAGUGCCGAUCACAGCUUGAGCCCAUGUUUGGUACCUGUUGUCGUCCGUUC